GCCCGUGGCCAGGUUGUUGCCACCGGAGGCUGGGAAGGUGCUGCCGUCGGGGAGAGGCGCUCGCGUCCUUGUGGUCCGUUCGGGCGAGACGGGGGCAGGGCAGGGCCGCGUUCCCGAUCGGAGAUCAGGAAGAGCCAGGCGAGGAGGCGCGGGAUCUGGGAUCUUCUCCCCGUGGUGGUUCCGAGAAGCAACAUGGCGUUUCCCCGGAGCACUCGGGCUCCUUCUCUGGGCAGAGUUGGAGCCUCUCCUCCUCCUCCCAACGGAGGGGCGCCCUAAAAAAAAAAAGGAGCCAAGAUGUGAAGGGAAGCUCCGGGCGAGAAAGCGGCUUUCAAAGCUCCGUCGAGCCCCGCGAGUGGAUUUCUUUAUUAUUUGCUCGGGGAUCCGGAUCCGGGCCACCUGUUCCUCCGGGGGCAGCCCGAGCCUUUGAGCGGCGAGAGGAGCUUUCUCCCGAAACAGCGCUGCUGCUCCCCUUUGGCACUUCGCUCUGGGAGAAAAAUGGAGCGCGACGGACUUUCCAGCGCGGAUCAGAAGCUGAUCCGGGAGAGCUGGCAGAAAGUGAGCAACAGCCCCCUGGAGCACGGCGUCGUCCUGUUCACCAGGCUUUUUGAUUUGGAUCCAGACCUCUUGCCCCUUUUCAAGUACAAUUGCAAGACGUUCUCUACUCCUCAAGAGUGCCUCUCAUCACCUGAGUUCCUGGAACACAUUAGAAAGGUAAUGCUGGUAAUUGAUGCAGCUGUAACUCAUUUGGAGAAUUUGCACUGCCUGGAGGACUACCUCUCUAAUCUUGGCAGGAAACACCAAGCAGUUGGGGUGAAGGUUGAGUCUUUUGAGGCUGUAGGAGACUCCUUGCUGUAUAUGCUGGAGAAAUGCCAUGGUCCUGCCUUCAAGAUGAAUGUGCGAGAAGCCUGGAUAAAGCUCUAUAGCACUGUGGUCAAAGCCAUGAGCUGCGGCUGGAAGGUUCCCAGAAAGGUGGAAUAAUCUCUGAUCAAGAUGUUUGGAGCGCUUUGCUGUUCUGGGUCAGAAACAGCUAUGACAAAAGAGCAUGAUCACUUUUCCAGCUUGAUGUAUUUCAGAGUAAUCUCAACAGCUUUCUUUCUGUCUGUUGCUUACUUUUGCAUUCCCAGUCUCUGUGUGUGACAGUGGGCCCUAGAAUUCGGUGUAGCAGGUCCAUGUGUAGUGGUGUGUUAAACAUUUCAAUCCAAAGUAUUUUAAGUAUCAAAUUCUCCUUACCACAAGUUUGAAAUAGGCUGUUUUGAGUAAUUUGGAACUGAUUCGAGCUCUAAACAAUUCUUUUGACCUUAAAAUAUUUUCAGAAUUCUCAAAACAACCAGAUUUGUAUUUAAAAAAAAACCCCAGUAAGAACAGAUUAACAUUCAAAUUGGGAAAAUUUGUGAAGAUAAAAUGAUUCAAAAUGAAAUUUUGCAUAACUCUAGUCUGUUUUCAGGUGAAAAAGUGAAGAAACCUGGAGUUGCAAUUAUAUGUUGACUGUAGUGGCUUUCUUGCCUUUAAGCUCUUUUUUUAAUUAAUCGUUUUUUUAAACAAGAGAAUGGACAAAUAUAAAAAAAGGAUACAAUGUUAUAGUAAUACUAAAUGAACAGAGAUGCAAACAUUGUACAGUUAAGUGCUCAGUAUAGCAUUGGUAAAAGGUUAGCCAUUAAAACCAAAAUAUAUUGUCAUUUUUAAUAAAAAAAGGAAAGUAGUUUGAAGAUCUUUUUAAAUCUCUGAGCUGAAUGCAUGAUUUUCGAAAGCUCUUUAUUUUUUGUUUAUAAAAACCAACUGCCCGUUUUUUUUUUUUAGCAUACAAAGGCAUUUGGGCUAGCCAGGGUUUAUUUGUUUGUUUUCAGUAAGGAAAGCUUGGUAUUCUUUCUGUAAAUUGUGGGGAUUUCUUUGGGAUUAUAUAAGCAGUACAGUCUCCCCCCCCCCCCAAAAAAGUGGGUUAAUUCACUAUACAAUGGGGCUGGAAAAAUGUUGGGCUUUUCAAAUGCCUAGCCGCCUGGGAAAGCAAAGGGAAAUCAUCAAAGCCAUUAAAAAGCGAAAGUUAGAAUAUUUUGGACAUGUGAUGCGACAU